CCAGAGAUGACAGAAAGAUAAUUUUCGGUGAAAAUUGUGUUGUUGGCUUAUAAAGUGUGCUGGUUUUUUUUUUUCUGUUUCCCAUGGCUGAUGCUGACAUGUUCUGACAGUGUACCAGAUGUGGAGCAGAUUUUUCAGACCUGCUGUGAUCAGUCAUAGUUUAUGGAGGAGUCUGUUCACCAUGCGGCUGAAGACUAGCGAGUUCAAGUCUCUCUUCUCUGAUGGGCUGAAUGGGAUAGCAGUGCUGUUUGAGAAGCACCAGUAUGAGCUGCGGAUCGCCGGCGGCGCUGUGCGGGAUCUGCUCUCCGGGAAGCGGCCUGAAGACGUGGACUUUGCCACCACAGCCACUCCGGAGGAGAUGAAGCGCAUGUUCCAAGAUGCUGGGAUCAGGUUGAUCAACAACAAAGGAGAGAAGCAUGGCACCAUUACCGCACGGCUGCACGAUGAGAACUUUGAGGUGACCACACUGCGAGUGGACGUUGAGACGGACGGCCGGCACGCGGAGGUGGAGUUCACCACCGACUGGCAGAAAGACGCCGAGCGCAGAGACCUCACCAUCAACUCUAUGUUUCUGGGGCUCGACGGAACGUUGUACGACUAUUUCAAAGGCUACGAAGACCUCCAGAACCACAAAGUCCGGUUCGUUGGCAACGCUGAGCAGAGGAUACAAGAAGACUACCUGAGAAUACUGAGGUAUUUCAGGUUUUACGGCAGGGUGGCUUUAAGGGCCGACGAGCACGAGCCCGAGACUCUGACUGCCAUCAGGGAAAACGGCCGGGGGCUGGCAGCCAUAUCAGGAGAAAGAAUCUGGGUGGAGUUAAAGAAGAUGGUGAUGGGGAACCACGCUGCUCAUCUGCUGGAGCUCCUCUACAACCUGGACUUAGCUCAGUACAUCGGUUUGCCUCCAGAUGGCGACGUUGACGAGAUGAAGCGUGUAUGGCGGAACGCUAGCGCCCACUCUCCCAAACCCAUGACGGUCCUGGCGGCCCUGUUCCACGUCCCGGACGACGUGGACAAGAUGGACCUGCGGCUGAAGGUGUCCAGGGAGGAGAAGACGCUGGCUCUUUUCCUGGUCAAGCACAGGCGGACGCUCCACAAGAGUGACGAAGAGCCAGACGACCUGAGACCUUUCACUGACUUUAUUAUCGAUAGCCGGGAGCCGGACUCUCAGAGCAAAGUGUGUGAGCUGCUGAAGUAUCAAGGUGAGGAGAAGCUGCUGUCGGAGCUCCAGAGGUGGUCGGUGCCUCGCUUCCCCGUCAGCGGCCACGAUCUGAGGAAGAUGGGCAUCACAUCGGGGAAGGAAAUUGGCACCAGCCUGCAGGAGCUCCGUGACAUCUGGAAGAAAAGUCGAUACCAGAUGGAUAAAGACGAACUGCUGAGCCAUGUGAAGCUUUGAAUAAAACAGGAACUGGUCACUAUCGUGAUUUAAAUAGCUUUGCUCAAGUGUUAAGUAGUUAUCUUUAUUUUAGACCAAGGGGGGAAAAAAAUUCAAAGGGUUUUUGUGUUACUAUAUAACUGCACUGCUGCCAGAAAUGGUUAGAGUAGCUGAAGCAUGUUGUAAAUAAGGACACUACAAAAGGAAGACAUGCCUAUGCACUUAUUACCAUUUGACUACUUUUUCCCCCCAUUUUCAUUUUGAUUCAAAUCUGCUCAUGCAGCUUUGAAGUUUCUCUUUAAAAAAAAAAAAAAAGGCUGAUGCUUAAACCCUUGUUUUACCACAUGUGUACGAAGACAAAACGUAGCAGCAUGAGUUUUUGCCAAGUCCAGUGCCUUGUACAAGUGUUCAACCCCUUGAAGUUUUUCAUGUUUUGUCAUGUUGGAACCACAAACUCUAGUUGAUCCGUAUAGGCUGACAUAAUAAUGGUGGAUUGUUUUAGAGUGGAAGGAAACUCCACUCCGUUGCUUCUAGUUUUCAAAAUUAUUUAACUAGAUAUCAACAUGUAAAUGCUGUACUCUUGCUGAUUAUUAAAAUAAGGACAUUGUUAUAAGAAUAA